UUUGUGCAAAGCCUCUCUAUUACACGACAUCACUUCAGCUGUCUCGACUUCUCACCCGAGGGUCACUUCGCAUUCAGUCUUAAUCCUCCUCAGACACGUCCUCUAUCAAGCUCGCUGUCUUGAUAUAAUCCAAAUUCACGUUCGUUAUCGAUACGCUGGAAAUUACCGUUGCCUAGCGGCUGCAUAUCCGAAGACACUAUCUUAAGCACCACCAACCGACUCGAUAACCACCGUUAUCGCCGACACCAUGACUACCCUGUCGCCUCCAACCACCGCUAUGGGGAAUGAGACCCGGCCACGAGCUCACACCGCCAUGAGCCAUAAUUCCGUGCGAUCCCAUCGAAGCAGCUUCUCCGCGAACAAGAGUGAGUUGUCCGAAAGUCAUAAAGACAAGAAGAGACUGCACACAAAGGCGGAUCCUUCGAAAGCUUUGAAUGAGGCUACUCCAGUCGAACAAGCUCAGGAAGAGACCACGGCCGAGGAUAUACGCGCAAUGGCACACAAGGACAGUGAAGGCAAUGUCAUUGCUGAGCCUGAUCGAUCAAACCCGACACGAUACCGCUUCGAGCGUCCUCUCGACACAAUUCGUGCUUUCCAUGCUGCUGCAGAAGGCACCAGCUUCCGUCGCUCUUCCUUCAACAACAGACCAUAUUCCUCGGCCGGUAUGACGACUGACAAUCGCCGAGCAAGCUACAUCUCAAACAGUGGCUAUUCUCCACAGCGACCACGUCCUUCUCCAGGCGGCGGCUACUACCGAAACUCGUCCUACGGUCAUCCCCAGAAUACGGUCGAGGAAACACCUGGGUCUUCUCAGAUGUACGGUCGGAAUAUGCGACAACCCUCGAGCCCACACUAUGGUCCUCCCAACGGCCCUCCCAACGGUUACCACAAUGGUAUGCAAAACGGCCACCCCAAUGGCGAAAGUCCCAUCUCCGCGCACUCUUACCAACAGUCCUAUGAUGCUGCUACUUCCGGUUCCGAUGAGUAUGGAAAGUCGACCAACCCAAGCUCUCAGAACAGCUCUUUCGACCAGUUGCAUCAGCUUCGAAAGCAACCAGACGAGUUUAGCCACGAGAACCCAUAUGCCAAUGAGUCUAGAAUGGGUCAACAUGGCCCGAUGAAGCCCUACCCACAAUACAACGCACAUGAGGGCGCCUACGCUCAGGAGGCUCCUGCUGCGCCGGUCCACAAAUAUGUUCCCAACAAUCCUCGUCAACCCAUCAAGCUCGAUAGCUCUCCAGACGAGGAAAACACUUGGAAUGCCGCAACCUCGCCUACUUCGCCAAGUGAAAAGAAGAAGAGCUGGAUCAAACGCCGAUUCAGUCGACGUGAAAACUAAUAAAUGCAUCGGUAGCAUUUGCAUUGGCACACUCAUUCUCGGCGUUCUUGGGAGACAUCUUUUGGACCCUGAAACAUUGUCCCGACUGCAUGGUAAUUGGAACUGCAUCAGAGAAUAUGCGCUGGAGAGCGGCG